CAGGGCCUUGCAUGUGUUAAGAAGCAUUUAGUACCAGACGUUGACCCUAGAGAAGACGACCUUGACAUAAGCACAGAAAGCAGCUCUUCGGGUGAAGGCAUUUCCUCUUCACACCAGUCUCCAUCUUUCAAAAACGUUGAUGCAAAAUCUAGUCCCAGUCCACCUCAUGCAGUGAUGCCUUCAUUGAAGAAUCAGCUACAACCUUGCAAAGCAAAAAGGACACCGCUGGUGCUAAAACGGCAGGCUCGUUGGCAAGACAAGACUGCUGGUUUGUUGUUCCGUAAGGCGGGAGCUGUGUACCAUUCAUUAGCGUGUAUGUUUAAUUCAAAUGGAAAAUUCGGCAGAGGUUUGAAGAAUUGUAGACUUGCAUUCAAGUGCCUCGAAGCUUCCCGUGCCUUUAUUGCGGAAUCUGACAUAAAAGAAGGUAAAUAAUUACUGCUAAUUUUCUUUCAAAUGGUAAGCACUCCUAGUUAUCAUCUCUCUGUAAAGGGCUUUUCGAGGAUAAAGGGGAAAAAAUGUAAGCAAACCCGGAAAUAAAACUGAAACAUAAUAUUAGUCCCAACUUUCGUCACAGAGUUGCGGUUGCAUAGCAUUUUAUCCCUUAUAAAGUUCAACUUCGAGAACAUGUUGUGAGGACAGGUUUGCCCUGAAAUUGGUGUUGAACGAAAUCAACAGCCAUAACAUAAUGGGACCCGUUAUGGUUGUUGACGAAAUUAGAGGUGUAGGGGCUUACGAAUAGACUCGCCUGGUAACACCUUUUGCAUCCCCGAGAGAUGGAGAGACCGAUCCAACGUUAUUUCUUUUCUCGUAUUCUCUGUAGAUGAUCAGUUGAUGAUCGAAAUCUUGUACGUGUGCGGAGAUUCGUACCUGAUGCUAGCGACUUGUCAGGAAAAUCUAGCUGUUCAUCAAGAGGAUUUCCACUUCAGGUCUGACGAAGACACGUUUAUAUGUGAAGCGGCAGCAGAUUGCAUUUCAAGCGAACAAGGACAUUCUUCAAGCGUUAAAUUCGUGUGUGAUUUGGAGCAAAACAUGCAACAGAGGUAACCAUACAGCAGUCUUAAAGAUGCCAACAUAUAUAUCCACUGACACUGCUCGCAGUCGCAUUCGUAAUGUUACAGUUUCAUGUUGGCUCUGACUGAUGAAAAAAAGCACUGAAGACGCAUUUUUUGAGGGUUUUGUGGUCUCCAUAUGAAAUUGCUAUACUCACGAAUUCUAGCAGGAAAAUGACCCAGGGUCGGUUCCACGAAAGAUGUUUAAGUUUAACCCAUAGUUUUCUUCUAGAAACUGAGCUUUUAAAACGUUUCGGAGCCUCUUCUGCAAGAUCCAGAGCGCUUACCGUUUGGAAAAUUUCUAUCUGGUUUUUUAUUUCACACCGAAAACAGGAAUAAGAUUAGGCUACACCAUUUACAAAAUACCGGCAAAUUAAAAUAUGACCGAAAAUUUGGGUCUUUAGGGAAAAGCGGGAAAAAAGUAAUAUCUUUGAAGGAAUUGCCUUUUUUGCGAAAAAUCUCCACCGGCAUGAACCUUUCUAUUAAAAUUCUCACCGGAAAUACCCGGUUUUCCGUACAAAAGGCAAGCAAUUGCAGUUGUGAUACCACAAAGUGUUCUGGUUUGUCCGUAAUCCGUUCGUUGUCUAUUUUCUCUUGACACUUUAGUGUUAGCCUAUAUGACGCAGCACUUCAACUUUGCACCACGUCGACCAAACUUCCUCUUGUGGUGAACAUCACCAAGCGGCUUGGAAAUGUGAAGAACGAACUGGGCGUGCUCUAUAUGAACAAGGCCGCUACCUUAAUAGACAGCGGCGCAGAACCCACGUUACAGGAGAGAGACUUAUGGAAGAAAAGCUUUUCGAAUUUUGAGAGCGGGAUUCGUACCUUUGACGUUAUAGACGACAGGUUAGAAAAA